AUGCCACUGCAUCUCACCUCGCGAUCGGGCGCGGACGGCGGUGCCGUGGAAUCCGACGAUCGCGAGCACAAGCGCCAGAAGAUCGACGGCGAGGACGCGACUGUAGUGACCGACUCUAAACUAGCCGAUUCCGUUCCGACCAAGGUGACGAAUUCGUCGAAUCGCGACGUGGAGAUGGCUCCGCAGCCGACAUCUGACAGCGCGAACGGUGCCGCGACCGGCGCCGGCGGAGGCGGGGAGAUUGUGAUCGAUGAGGAUCUGCACAGUCGCCAGCUGGCGGUGUAUGGCCGCGAGACGAUGAAGCGCAUGUUCGGCGCGAAGGUUCUUAUUUCGGGACUUAACGGCCUUGGCGUGGAAAUUGCGAAGAACGUGAUACUAGCGGGCGUCAAGUCCGUGACAGUGCACGAUACAGUCACAGUCACGGUGCAGCACCUCUCGGCUCAGUUCUUUCUCACGGAGGCCGACGUGGGGGUCAACCGCGCGCAGGCGUGUGCGGCGCACCUGCAGGAGCUGAACAAGGCGGUGGAGGUGCACGUGCACACGGCGCCCAUCGAGAAGGAGUUCCUCGGUGAUUUCCAGGAGCUGAACAAGGCGGUGGAGGCGCAGGUGCACACGGCGCCCAUUGAGAAGGAGUUCCUGGGGGAUUUCCAGGUGGGUGAUGGAGGGACGGAGGUUAGUGGGGAUUCGACGCCUACUGCUACCUGCUCUACUCCCCCCCGCCCCUCUCUCCCUCCACCCCUCGGGUGCCCUGCCACCGCCAUGGCUGCGAGAACCAUGGGGGAAUUUGAGACGUGCUCUCUGGCACCUUAUAUGUCUCUCCUUCCUUCUUUCUCCUCCUCUUGUUUCUACCCCACAUUCCCCGUAUCUCCCUCCCUCCAGCCGGUCAUGUUCGCCGGCCUGCCUCUGGACCGAGCCAUCCCAGCUGUUGUUUUCACCGACCUGCCUUUGGACCAGGCCAUUGAGUUCGACGCAUACUGCCACGCCCACAACCCCUCGGUGCCCUUCAUUCGCUGCGAGACCCGGGGCGUGUUCGGUGCGAUCUUCUGCGACUUCGGACCAAAAUUCACCGUCACAGAUGUCGACGGGGAGGAGCCCUUCUCAGGAAUCGUCGCAUCUGUCGCCAAAGACUCCCCCGAUGCCCUCGUCACCUGUGUGGAUGAUGAACGGCUGGGAUUUCAAGACGGCGAUCUGGUGGUGUUCUCGGAGGUCCGGGGGAUGACGGAGCUGAACGACGGGAAGCCGCGGCGCGUGCGGAACGUCCGGGCGCAUUCGUUCCUCUUAGACGACGACACGUCAGCGUAUGGCGCGUAUGAAAGCGGCGGGAUCGUGACUCAAGUGAAAGAGCCCAAGGAGUUGGCGUUUCGGCCGCUUUCGGCCUGCCUGGAGCAGCCCGGCGAGUUCCUGCUGAGCGAUUUCGCCAAGUUCGACCGCCCGCCGCUGCUGCACCUCGCCUUCCAGGCUUUAGACGCGUUCCGGAAGGAGACCGGGAGGUUUCCCGCACCAGGGUCGGAGGGGGAUGGGGCGAGGGUGGUGGAGCUGGUGAGGGAGGUGAAUGGGCGGGCGGGGAAGGAUGCAAAAGUGGAGGAGGGGGUGGUGAAGGAGGGGGAGGGGCUGAUUCGGCAGCUGGCGCACGGGGCGAGUGCGGAGAUUUGUCCGAUGGCGGCCAUGUUUGGAGGGAUCGUGGGGCAGGAGGUGGUUAAGGCGUGCUCGGGCAAGUUCCACCCGCUCUUCCAGCUCUUUUACUUCGACUCGGUGGAGUCCCUACCUGCUGAGCCCCUCUCAGCGGAGGAGACAGCGCCCACCAACACGCGCUACGACUCCCAGAUCGCUCUCUUCGGCCGCACCCUGCAGGCGCGCAUGCACGCCUCCUCCGCCUUUGUGGUGGGCGCAGGGGCGCUGGGCUGUGAGCUGCUCAAGAACCUCGCUCUCAUGGGCGUCUGCUGCACGCCACCGGGGGAGAAACCUCCUGCUGGUGCCGGUGAUGGUGGUGCUAGCAGUGGCGAGAGUGUGCCGCUGAGUGGCAAGGGCUAUCUGACGGUCACGGAUGACGACACGAUCGAGAAGAGCAAUCUCAGCCGUCAGUUCCUCUUCCGCGACUGGAACAUCGGGCACGCGAAAUCCUCUGUGGCGGCGGUCGCCGCGAGGGUAAUUAACCCUGCGCUGCGCGUGAACGCCCUGCAAAACCGCGUGGGCCCGCAGACUGAAGACGUAUUUGACGACACCUUCUGGGAACACUUAGAUGUCGUUAUAAACGCACUCGAUAACGUGAACGCGCGUCUCUACGUCGACUCGCGCUGCCUCUACUUCAACAAGCCGCUUCUCGAGAGUGGGACGCUCGGCGCGAAAUGCAACACACAGAUGGUCGUUCCGCACGAGACCGAGAACUACGGAGCGUCCCGGGACCCCCCGGAGAGGCAGGCACCGAUGUGUACCGUCCACUCUUUCCCCCACAACAUCACGCACUGCUUGACGUGGGCGCGCAGCGAGUUUGAGGGGCUGCUGGAGAGGACGCCGAGUGAGGCGAACGCGUUUCUGAGUGGGCAGGAGAAGUAUUGUGAGGAGAUGAUGGGCGCCGGGGAUGCUGCUGCACGGGAGGCGCUGGAGAGGGUGGUGGAGUGUUUGGUUACAGAGAGGGCGAGCAGCUUCGAUGACUGCGUCUCGUGGGCACGCCGCAAGUUCGAGGACUAUUUUGCCAACCGCAUCAAGCAGCUCACAUACACCUUCCCAGAAAACGCCUCCACCAGUACGGGCCUGCCCUUCUGGUCGCCGCCCAAGCGCUUCCCCACCGCCGUCACCUUCACCCCCGAGGACCCCACGUGCCUCGCGUUCGUGACAGCUGGCGCCAUCCUACGGGCUGCCACGUUCGGGAUCGAGGUCCCGGAUUGGGCGAGGGACGGCAAGAGGAUGGCUGAGGCGGUGGCCAAGGUGGAAGUGGGGAAGUUUGUGCCGAAGCAGGGUGUGAAGAUCGUGACGGACGAGAAGGCCACCAGCGCUGCCACGUCAGUGGGGGACGACGGCAAGGCGAUCGCUGAGCUGGUGGGGCGGCUCAAGGAGGGCAGCAAGGGGCUUCCCAAGGAGUUCCGCAUGGUGCCAGUGCAGUUUGAGAAGGACGACGACACCAACUACCACAUGGAUCUCAUGGCUGCCCUUGCAAAUCUCCGUGCUCGAAACUACACCAUCGGCGAGAUGGACAAGCUCAAGGCCAAGUUCAUUGCUGGGCGGAUCAUUCCUGCGCGCUUGCAGCCAAUUAAGAGGCUCCUUCAACUCACACACCCCCUCUCCCUCCCUCCCGUCUGUAUUUAUCUCCUCAGGACGACGACACCAACCACCACAUGGAUCUCAUGGCUGCCCUCGCCAACCUGCGCGCUCGCAAGGCCCCUUGGCUCACACACCCCUUUUUUCAACUCCCCUACACCCCUCUCCCCUCCUCAGGACGACGACACCAACUACCACAUGGAUUUGAUGGCAGCUCUUGCCAACCUGCGCGCGCGCAACUACACCAUUGGCGAGGUGGACAAGCUCAAGGCCAAGUUCAUUGCGGGGCGGAUCAUUCCUGCCAUCGCCACCACGACAGCGCUUGCCACUGGCCUGGUCUGCCUGGAGCUCUACAAGCUCUACAAGGUGCUGCAGGGCGCCAAGGCGUCUGCCCUGCGCAACACCUUCGCCAACCUCGCCCUGCCGCUCUUCUCCAUGUCUUCCCAAACCCCCACCCGCCCUCCCUUCUUCCCAUCUCCUUCUCUUCCCAGGCCUGGUGUGCCUGGAGCUCUACAAGGCCUGGUGUGUCUGGAGCUCUACAAGGUGCUGCAGGGCGCCAAGGCCUCUGCGCUGCGCAACACAUUCGCCAACCUCGCUCUGCCGCUCUUCUCCAUGGCUGAGCCCGUGCCGCCCAAGAGCGUCAAGCACAAGGAGCUCACGUGGACUGUGUGGGACCGGUGGACCGUGGAGGGCGAUGUGACGAUGCAGGAGCUGCUGGAUUGGUUCAAGGCGAAGGGGCUCGAUGCAUACAGCAUUUCCUGCGGCCAAGCCCUCCUCUUCAACUCGCUCUUCCCGCGCCACAAGGAGCGCCUACCCCGCAAGGUGCUGGACAUUGCCAAGGAGGUGGCAAAGCUGGAGGUGCCGGCAUACCGCCGCCACUUUGACGUGGUGGUGGCGUGUGAGGAUGACGAGGGCGAGGAUGUUGAUGUUCCUCUCAUCUCCAUCAAGUUCCGAUAA